GUCCUUCCUAUUGCUCCAUAUAAAGACUUGAAUCGUACUUUUGUAUAAUUGAGUAUUUGAAACAAGGAUUGUUCCCAUUGGUCUGGUAGUACAAGGUGACAUUCUCUAGCAUGAACAGGCUACUCAUUUUCCUGGCAGUUGUUUCAGUGGCAUUUGGUGCCUCAGUCAAGGAAACUGAAGAGCUCUCACCUAGAGGUCCAACCCAUGGAGAAUUAAUUGUUGGUGAUAUUUUGAGACCUGACCCAGAGAAGGUUGCCAGUGGUAGGCCAGAUAGAGUGUGGCCCGGGGGAGUGAUACCAUACGUCAUAGAUGCAGCUGUCCCUGCUGACUGCAGGGCUGCAAUAGACCAAGCCAUUGCCCAGUACAAUGAAAAGACUUGCAUACGUAUUGUUCCACAGACGAAUGAAAUAGACUUUGUAUUAGUCAUGAGGCCUCAGAGUGGGUGCAAUAGUUAUGUAGGCAAUAUAGGUGGACCACAGGUGCUAAACUUGGGCCCUGGUUGCUGUAGUCUGGGUACUGUGAUCCAUGAAUUUAUGCAUGCAAUUGGCUUUGAGCAUGAACACACCAGAGAUGACAGGGAGGACUACAUCACUGUACAUUUUAAUAACAUUACACCAGACUGGCAAAGAUGGUAUGAGAUUAUCUGGGACACUGUCAAUUUUGCUGAAUAUGAUCCUGCAAGUGUAAUGCAUUAUGAUGCCUUUGCUUCAAGAACUGGAACAGCUCCUACAAUGACGACAAAUAUUUCCAACAGGCCAGACUUUGGCAACCCAUGGGGCCUCACUACCAGAGACAUUGAGAAAAUCCAGGCUAUGUAUGGGUGCAGUGGAAGAGCAACAGGAGUGGACCCAUGCCAAGAUGGGAAUUCUCAAUGUGAAGGUUGGGCACUUAGUGGAGAAUGUGAAUCAAACCCAAGAUAUAUGAGGUCCAACUGUAGAAUCAGCUGCGACUCUUGCCCUCAGUUAUAAACAUUUGGGUCUCUUUGUAAGAUGUCACAUUAGUCAUGUUAAAGCUGUAUCAUUUCUCUGUGCCUCCUUUCUAGGUUCACCACUCCUUUCUCACAGGGAGGUGUGGUAGGGUUGAUGCUUUAAAGGUACUUAUUUUAUGAUUAUGAACAUAGUUAUCUUGUGUAAAAACAUGUACAUUGGUCGUAUGUUUGAAACAACCAAGUUAAAGUAAUGCAAAUGCUGAUAAAGAUAUUCGUGAAAUCAACAUGACAAUUGUAACAGAUUACUAUAUGAUCAUUCAAAAAUCUUUUGAAACUGUAUUUCAUGUAAUGAAUGCACUAAUAAAGAAGUAUUC